UGCUCUCCAGGAAAGAUGGCACGGGCUGGGGAAGAAGCCGGGGACAGUCGGCUGGUGUCUGGACGGGAGCCACGAUCACGCAUCAUCAGAGUGUCUGUCAAGAGCCCACAAGACUGCCAGGAAUUCAUGCUGGCAGAAAAUAGCAGCAUCCGCCACUUUAAGAAACAGAUCUCCAACCGCCUUCAGUGUGACGCGGACAGACUGGUGCUCAUCUUCUCCGGAAAGAUCCUCCGGGACCAAGAUCUACUGAGCCAGCGAGGCAUCCUCGAUGGCACGACGGUCCACUUGGUGGUGAGGACCCAUGGGAGAGGGACUCUGCCCGCUCCUGGCACCCUGCCGGGCCCCACCCUCUGCUGCGCUCCCCGUGCCGAACCGUCCCCCUGGGAGAGGCUGUGCCGCCUGGCCCGGAGCUCUCCCGACCUGGCCAACUUCCUUGGCCAGCUGGCUCAGCUCCUGACGGCUAUGCCUGAGUCUGCGGGGCAUCUCUUGGAAGACCCUAUGGUCCAAGGCCUGGCCAAUGAGAAACCAGCCAAUGCCGGCCCUGUCCCUGCGUCUUCGAGGCCAGUACAGAAACCGGGGCCAGUUCUGAAAGCCCUGGGAGACCGGCAGGAGCCGGCCCAGCAACAGGAAGCCCUGCCAGCAGACAGGCAGGGGCUGGAGGCCUUGAAGGCAGUGCCAGGUGGUGACAAUGCCAUGCACCUGGUCUGCUCUGACAUCCAGCACCUCAUGCUCUCCACUCUGGCCCCACUGGUCGCUUCCAAAGGCCACAGCCCAGGUUCAGAGGCUUGCGGAGGGGGAGCCAGUCCUCACAGCGUUGCUAACACCACAGCCUCUGCACCUGCCAGGCCGUUGGCACAGGAAGUCAGUGCAGGCGUAGCUGCCCAGGCCAGGGGCCUGGUGUCAAACCAGGCCAGUUCCGGAUGCAGGAGCGGAGCGUCAGACUUGUACUCGGCCCAGGGGAGCCAGCGGCCCAUCGAGAAAGCCCCUCCCGCCAGUCAGCUGAGCCCGCCCCCCACUGCCUUGCGCAGAGCCUUCCACGUCCUGCAGCGGAACCCAGCAUUGCUCCAGCAGCUGGCCCCGGACAGCCCCCUUCGACAUCAGAUGCCACCCCUUCCCAUACUCACCAACCCACGGGCACUGCAGGCAUUGAUACAGAUAGAAAAGGGCCUGCAGAUACUGUCCCAGGAGGUGCCCGGGUUGGGACCUUGUUUAUGGGGUCCCGGCAGGCCACGUGGGGCUACAAGCGCUUCUGAACCCAGGGCCGGAGGGCAGGGUCCUAGAGGGCAGCCCACCUUGGCCGUUCUCCAGCUCCUCCACGCUCUGGCCAGUGCCUGCUCCCAGUCCACCCCGUCCUCACGCCCCCUCACUGAAGGGCCCUACCAGCAAGAACUGGAGCAUCUGAAGGCCAUGGGUUUUGCCAACCGUGAUGCCAAUCUUCAGGCCCUCGUGGCCGCAGGCGGAGACAUCCAUGCUGCCGUUGAGAGGCUGCUGGGGGUACCAGAGGCCUAG